ACUGAAGGGUGUGGCGCACAAGCAGAGAGAACUGGGUGCUUCCAAUGUUUUCCCUCCCCUCUCUGUUUACUCGAAAGACUCGGAAACGGGGAAGAUCGAGAGGGUCUCCCCUCGCGGUACCCUUUGGAACAGUCCAGAUAUUCCGGAAGCGGUGGGCAGUAUUGGGUGGAGGGGUUACUUCCGCUUCCGUUCCCGGGACCUAGACCCAAGCUGCUACCGCCGCCUCCGCAGCCUCUCUUGCUACCAUGACCGCCACCCUCCGCCCCUAUCUCAAUGCAGUACGUGCGACCUUGCAGGCUGCCCUGUGCCUGGAGAACUUCUCAUCCCAAGUGGUGGAGCGGCACAAUAAGCCUGAGGUGGAAGUCAGAAGCAGCAAGGAGCUGUUGUUACAGCCCGUGAUCAUCAGCAGAAACGAGAAGGAGAAAGUCCUGAUCGAAGGGUCCAUCAACUCUGUGCGCGUCAGCAUUGCAGUCAAGCAGGCAGAUGAAAUUGAGAAGAUCCUGUGUCACAAGUUCAUGCGCUUCAUGAUGAUGAGAGCAGAGAACUUCUUCAUUUUACGCCGGAAACCUGUUGAGGGCUAUGACAUCAGCUUCCUGAUCACAAACUUCCAUACAGAACAGAUGUACAAACACAAGCUGGUGGACUUUGUCAUUCACUUCAUGGAGGAAAUUGACAAGGAAAUCAGCGAGAUGAAGCUGUCUGUCAAUGCCAGGGCUCGCAUUGUGGCUGAGGAGUUCCUCAAGAAUUUCUAGACCACGGGGCUGGAAUCCACAGCUUUGCUUUCUCUUUCUCUCUGCACAGCCACCUUGCUGGGGCUACAGAGAAGGCCGCAACUCGGGAGCGGGACUGAGAAGCAGCCAGACCUGCGGAGGCUGUCCCAGCUCAAUGUACCACACUUGUCAGCGUGCCCAAGGGAGGGAGGGGGCUUUUUUAAUAUUUUUGGAACAAAAACUCUGCUUGUUUAAAAAAAAAACUGUGUUAACUGGAUACCCUUUUUUGUUUUUUUAAACAAUCACUUGCUGUGAUUUGCCUACUUGAGUCUCCUAGUGGUCGAGUUCUUGGAAGGGAGAGCGGGGGAGGAGGAAGGGUCGCUCUAGUGACCCCUCCGCACGGAGCCGCUGCAGGAGUUUCAACUUAUUGCUGCAUGUGGAAAAAUUGCCUCCCAAAAGCUGCCUUUCUCUUAACGCAAAGAACUAUUACUUGAGGCCUUGAGCUUCUUGCACUCGGAAUGAGCGGAGCGCCAGUCAGCCCGGGCACAUUCCGCUGCAGCAGAGGUGGCCGCUACACUUCACCUCUCUAGUGGUGUGUGAAGGUAUUUGGCGAGCUGGCUGCUGGAGACAGCCACCUUCCCUGUGCCAAGUCAUUCCAGUUUCUAAGGAGAGAGCAUGCUCUCUCUCUCUCUCGCUCUCUCAAGUCAACUUCCUGCUCAACCACCCGCUCCUGUAGGGAUCAGAGCAUUCUGAGCGCAGGGCUGCCUCCUGUUCCUUCCCUUUCGUUCCCUUCCGUAUCUUUGCUGUAAUGAGAGGAAGUUGUAAUGAGAGGAGGGGUCCUAAACCACGCCGGACGGAGCUGGAAUCUGUAACUCUUGGUUCUUUUCUCUCUUUUUUUUUGCUAUGGCACUUGCUGUAAUUUUCUUACUCCCUAUUAAAGCCUUUUUUCUCCUGUU